UUGAGUGUAUUAUAAUUUUGUGAUAAAAAUUUCAAGGAAAAAAAAACACACAACCUCCUUCCUCCCUUCCUUCGGGGAGGGAAAAGAGAGGGGGGAAAAUCUAUCUCCAGACUAGACAGAAAAGAAAGAGGAGCAAAUUAACAACCAGGAGUUGCCAAAACCAGGAUAUUAGGUUUCAGCCCAGAGAGCUAUUGGCUCUGGGGCUAGGUAUAUAAAUAUAUAUCUGGAGAGAGAGAGAGAGAGAGAGGGAGAGAGAGGAGAGGGGACAUAGGGAGGAAGAAGAAGGAGAAGAGAAAAGAAGAGGAGGAGGAGAGGAAAGGAGAAGGAGGAGGAGGAGGAGGGCGAUUUUGCGCGGGUGGUGCUUGGUGGGCAGAUGUUAAUUCACAUGGAAAUGAAAUAUUUAUUUCUUUUACAGGAAGAGGCUGUGGUGGUGGCUACUGAGGGCACCUCCAAAAUGUGAUUCUUAAAGGGGGAGAGGCAAACAAGGAGGGGAAAGAGAGCGAGGAGAGAGGACAGAUAAGGUUUCAGGGCUAGGCUGAUAGCUGCAAGGUGGGCGGCGGGAGAGGAUGGGGGGCUGCCCCUCUCUUGCGGAGGCCAUGCAAAUGUAGAGAGGAGAGGAGGAAAAAAAAGCCCCUCUUUUAAUGACUCACUGAUUGAGCUGGUUUAAAAUUAGUUAUUGUUUGGGCUUUUUUUUCCUUUUCCUGGCCACCCCCUUGGUCGUCGAGAGAGGGAGAGAAAGUGUGUGUGAGUGUAUGUAUGUGUCUGCGAGUGUGACUGAGGGUGUGUGUAUCUGUGAGGAAGAGGGGAAUCAAGUGUGUAUGUGUGUGUGAGAGGGAGAGGGAGAAAGAAAAAUAAUCUUUUCAAAUCUCCUCCCUCUUUUUUUCCCCCCUCGUUUCUUUGCUUUUCUCUAAAGCUCUCUGGUCUGUGGAGCACUUUUUCUUCCUCCUCAGGAAAAUGGAGACGCUCCGUCUUCUCGCUCCUGGGCGGGAGGCUGCCGAGGAUUUUUCUUUUCUUUUGCCUUCCCGCUUGGAUUUGUUUUCAGCGACCAUCUCUUUCUAUUUCGUAUUCAUUUUCACCGCGUUUCUAGCAUGGGUUGCGCUUUUUGACGGGGAUUUUUUUUUUCUCUUAAUUUCGUUUCUUACUAUUUUUUGUCUCCAGUUUCCUCCGAUUUCUUGUCUUUGCGUCAUUGUUUCAAGGAAUGGAAAUGGUGAUUUGUUUCGGUGUAUGUAAUACUGGGUCGGUAGGAUUUAAAUCCUUUUCGGUUGUAAUUUAUAUUUUUUAAGCUGCAAGCAUAAUAAAUAUUCUACAUCUGUAACAAGGCUUUCGUUUUUGCGUUUCGAAGAUUGUGUUAUGUAUCUGGCAUGAGAUUAACCUUCCAAAAAAUUCUGAAUUGGUUUUGGUUAAAGAACGGGGGGGGGGAGAGAGGGAGAGAAAUAUCUAAAGAAUAGAUUAAAAACUCGAUGGAUCAUUUUUUGGUGCUUUUUAAUUUUUCCUUUUUAAUCGAAACGAAAGUAGUUGAGGAGUGGGCAAUAUUCUUAAUAAGGAAUGCAAGUACAGUAGGGUUGCAGAAAUGGUCGAUUUUUGCUGAGAAGGACGAAGGAAACUCAGGCCUUUGUGUUUUUAUCGGGUUAAAUUUCACCCUCCCUAAAUUGAAUUUCCGAAUUGAACAUGCAUUUCCAAAGCUCAGUCGACAAGAGUCUAUUUUUCCUCACAAGAGAGUCCCUUUUCUCUGUGCCGGUCUCGUGCAUCGCCGGCUGGAGAGUCAAAGAGAAGGGAAGAUGGCGCUGCCUGGCCAUUGGCCAGGAUUUGUGGCGCAGUUUCUUCUCUGUCGUUCCCUUCCGCCGCCAUUUUGAAACGCUUUUAAUAAGAGGCUUUCCCCUUCGUCUGGGGCGUCUUCCUUUAUUUCGUGGAGUUGCUUUCCCUCUCUCAAAGUAGAGUAAAAAUGGAAACGGCGACCUUCUUCACCUUUAUGAAAUGUUUUUUAAAGGGGUGAAAUAUCUUCUACUGCGACUCAUUAAUUUGGAGAGAAAAUCUUAACGAAGGUUGAGGGUGCCUCAUAUUUUAAUGCUUUUAACAAUUAAGUCCGGUUUCUUGUUCUAUAUAACAACUAAUAUUUGUUUUAAAAAGUUCUUCCGUCUUCAUUUCCAUUUACAAACUAGCUUCUUAUGAAGAAUAAUGGUUAUGGGGACAAAUGGCAAUGAUUAUUACUGUUAAAUGUUAACUCCUUUUAUAGAAAUUAUCAUCAGAUUGGGAUAUAAAUCCUUGAAAUAGUCUAGCCUUGAAUGUAUAAAUCACAUAGAGAAAAACAUCUGUAUUGAUGCAAGUAACUUUAAAGAAAAGCUGUGUGGUCUAUGGAUUAAAAAUGGAGGACCUUGGGAAAUUGGAUGGCCUUUCAAAUUCUUUUUUGUAAUAACACAAUUUUACAUGGAUCAAUGAGGUUCUGUUCCAGAAAACCUGGUAAGGGAACAUAGUUAAACAUUCUCCUACCUUCACUGCCAUUACAUUUCUAUUUCUGAAGACUUGAUGAAGGAGUAAAAUAUGUAUAUUUAAAACACAAGUAUUAAGUUUUGUAAUCUCAGAAUGCUUCUUAAUUGAAGUGGCAGGUGAAGUGGUAUUUUUUUAGACAUUAAAUUUCACAAGAAACGGGGACAAAAAUAGUCAAUAUAUUGCAUUUUCCAGUAAUUUCCCACUAUUAAGUUUUUCUUUGGUCUUCUAAUUUUUCAGAAUUAACUAAAACCUUUUGAAAACAUUUAAGAAACUAUUAAUAUUAGGAAAUAAUUGUCUUGAUAAGUUUAAGAAUGUGACAGUAAUGAAAUCAAUUUCAUCUAUUUGUAGAGCCAUUCAUAUCAUCAAUGGAAGAAGAAUGAUUUGGACUUGGUUUAUUAUUAUCUCCUAAUAAAUAACUGAUGAAAUAAAUGAAUAAAAAAAUAGUUUUUCAGCAAAGUUCUAAGUAUUAAUAUUUAUCAUUAGGUAACACCUUUCAUUGUAUUUUGGCAUUCUAAACUGGAUAGUUCAGUUACCAUUGUGCCUAGUCAAUUGUUUAGAAGGGAUUUUGUCUAGUACAUUGGUUUAGUAGUUCUCUUAACAGUAUCGUGUAAAAUAUAUCCAGAAACCAAGGAAAGGUUCAAGCAAAAAAACAAUUUGGAUAUAUUGUUUAAUAACAUUUCAGUUUUCCUUUAAGGAAUUAAUCUCCAUUGUUCUGUAUAAUCCCCCUCCACCCAUUUAAAACAUUUAAUAGUUUAGUAAAUUACAUUGUAAAUUCAAUAAAAUGUCUGCCUUCAUUAGGUCUCGUGAAAGAAAGAGAAGAGGAUUUAUUAUUUGGCAAGUAAUUUGAAUAGCAUCAAAGAAACUAGCUUUGAAAGGAGACAUUGUGAAAAAAUGUAUUUUAAUUGGGAAUUCCUACCUGGCAUAUACAUAUUUUAGUAAAUUAUGUUUUUGUUAGGCCUAGAUUUAUGUGCAUGCGUAUUUUUCAAACUUAUUUUCAGCAGCAAAUCUUAUCAAAUAGAAAUCCCAGGAUUUAAACACGGUAUUUAUGUUCAGAGGAUGACACUGAUUCUAUAAAUGUUUCCUCAUGGUGCUAGAAACCACCUUGAAUCUAAAAGUAAACCAUACUUUCAACCAGAGUUGUUUCUUUUUUCUAAGGCUGUUAAAAAAAAUGUACAUCAUGUAUAAAACACAGAUGGAAAGAAAUUAUGGGAAUAGGCUAAUAAUGAGAAUAUCAAUUUAUAACAUUUAUAAAUCUUGUCCAUUUAAUAAUUGGCCCAGACUACUAAACUAAUUUACAUAGCUUUUAUGAGAUGUGUUUAUUUGUUCUGCCAAUCUUAGGAGUGGUGCCUUCGAAUUCAAAUACACAUGAAGUUGAGAAUAUUCACCCAUAUUCUCAGUCAUGGUUAUAAUUCAGAUGUAGCACAGCUGUUCAGAUUCACAGUCUUUAUUACGUCAUUUUGAUAAAAUAGAAAACUUUUGAAGAAAGUUCUUAAUAUAUCAAUUCAUUGGAAAGAUCUAACUUUAUUAGAAUAAUAGCACAACAGAAAAAAAUCAUAUUCAACCAGUUGUCUCAUUUUAGAUUUAUUUUUGAAUAGUGUAAUUUGUUUUGAAGAAAUUAAAAAAAAUAAAAACUUAAAAACAUCUUGUUUUGACACUGUAAUUGGGCUCUCCAGUAGUGCUUCAUAUUCAAAUCUAAAGAAGUGAUUUGGUGUAUAGGAGAGGCCCAUACACAGCUACCUUUUUGUAUCAGCUACAGUUCUAUAUUGUACAUCCCUAUUCUGUUAGUCAUAAAUCUUGAUUUACAGCAGUCGCUUUUUCAUAGAUGGACCCCCCCCACCAGAAAACUGGCAAAUUUGAAAUUUGGUAUAAUGGAAAGUAGGCAUCUACAUCUAUAAUGUAAUCAUUUCUGUUUCUAACAAUUUAAAUUGCUUUGUUUCAAAUAGAAUAAAUUGUUCUAUUUUUCUCACUUUUUAGCUAGAAUUUAUCACUGAUAAAUGAUCACAUUUGUUUUACUUUGUUACAAAACAAAGAAUGCUAUGAAAGAUUUAGUGUAUGUAUACAUGCCUUUGUAGACUUGAUGAAAUGUACAGAUGAUUUUUUGGUUUUAUUUUGAAUCUAAAGAAUAAUGUGGCAGUUGUUAACAAUUGCCAAUUUGCUCAACUUACUUUCUAUAUGUCCCUAUUCCAGUAUAUGAACUGGGCAGUUGCUGAAGCAAUAUAUUGGGAAACGUAAGGCAGAUGAUAUCAUCUAGCUUUAAGCUCACAAUCUAGAGAGGCUAUAGCUACUAUUAUGUCUGCCACACUGUUUACAAGACCAGAACCAUAAAUGCAAGCUAGCAAAUAACUUGACAAUUUAUCACAAAAUAAAUUAUCAGGAGUAAAACUGAUGUUUCCAAUUUCCUGUAUUCCAGUGGAAAUUACCAAAAAAAAACAACAAAAAAAAAAACAACCAUUUACAAGCACAUUUAAUAUGUAGUGGGACUGAUACAUGACAUUCUGCGUCAGUAACUUCUGAGGGGCAAAAAUCAUUGUACUAUAGUAUAUGAGCAACCCAGUAAGUGGAAAUGUGAUUAGGGAAUGGUUUCUCUAUCAUUUGAUUAGAGGAACGCAAAUUCUAUAUAGAGAAUCACACAUUCAUACUCCAUAGGCGUUUGUGUCAUUUGUAUUCAUGUCUCUUCCAUCUAUCUAUCUAAAUAAGAAAAGAGUAAUAUUUGAUACUUUAUUUUAUAUUUUAAGCCAAUGGCUGAAAUAUACAUAUUAAUAAAACUUGUACAUAUUCUUUAUAACAAGGGAGACAAAUUAAGAGGAAAAUGUUUGUAAUAAUACUAAUUCAUCCUUGAAAUACUACUAUGCAGUAAGCUAUCUGGGGAUUCUGAAUCUUAACACAGUGUCCAUUGAUUAUUAAUAUAUCAAAAUAAUAUUAAAUGUGAAUCCAUUUUAAGUAACAUAAUGGGUUUCCUUUUAUUUCAAAGAAUAAUUUGGCAUAUAAAUAUAGAAGAUGGAUCUAUUGUCUAGAAAAAUAUUGGAUUCACUCUGUACUAAUCUAUGGUUUUUUUAAACCUGUUUCUUUUAAUAAAAUUUGGCUGAGUUUACAAUAUGCCAAACAAACCAUUUCAUGAUUUUAAAUAAAACGUGAAAAUAUAUAGAGAGAAUGCAGUUGAUCAGAUUAAACAUCCCUAAAAGAUGUUGUAUACAAAUCCACAAAGAUACAAUAAAUUUGAGGAAAGAAGGAAAAAAAAGCCAGUUUGGUGUAGUGGUUAAGAUGCUGACCUAGAAACCUUGAAACUGACUUUCAGUCUUUAGGCAUGAAAGACCAGUUAAGUGACUGGGUCAGUCAUGUUCUCUUAGCCCAGGUCAUAGGGUUGUUGAGAAGGUAGAAGGAAGGAAGAAGUAUUGGUAUAUUUUCCACUUUAAGUUUUAUAUGAAAAAAAGGUGGGAUAAACACAAACAAAAAAAAUGGAACAGGAUGGAUAGAACAGGAGAAACAAGUUGUAUUUAAUGAUAAAUGUCAGUUACACCAUGUUCUUUUGCAGAUUACCUUGCCUUUGAAAACUAUGACAGGAAAACAAGACCAAUUAAAACUAGGAGGUGCAGUUGUCUUUAAACCGUUUAUCUUUUAUGCAGCCAUUAUAUUCCAGAACAAAAUCCUAAUUGCUACAAGAUCCAGGCAGAGGAGAUAAUUGAGCUUCUAUGCAGGAAGGUAGAUUAGAUAUCUCUUCGUUCUGACUCUCCUAUGCCUUUAAGAGUAAUAAAGUCUGUACAUGAGAUGAAGAGGAAAUGUUUUAUUGGUUAUAUUCUCUAACUGCUUAUAUCCUUCACAAUAUAUCACAAUACCUAAAAGCAUAUAAAGAGAAUCUCAAAAGAUUUCAGCUUCACACAGGAGACUUUUGAAAACCAUUGUGAACCACAUGUUGAUGUGUCAUGUCCAAAUCUGAGAGAACUUUUGUACCUUAAAAGAUAUGUUCCACCUUGUCACUAUCUGCUGUUCAGAGGCUCUGGAUUUAUUACAUAUUUUCCAUCUAUUGGAAAGAUUUUAAGAGAGAAAAAAAAUAGCAACCGUGAUCAAAAUUGAAGCUAUAAGAUUCUUGAUUGGAAGAUGGAAAAAUGUUUGAAAAUGUGGAGUGUACAACUAGAUGUCUGUAGAAUUCCCUGAACAAAGCUUCAUAUGGAUGCACUUCAGGUGAUUUAGGAUUAGUCAUGGACAUAUUAUUCUACAAUGAGCUUGAAUCAGCAGAAGUCAGUGCUGUUAAUUCAUUUGGAUGAAAUAGUAAAAUAUGUUAGGGAAUAAUGCAAUCAAUCUGAAUUUGGCAAAUGUCUUGAGUUAGAAAAAUAGAAAUGGGCAAAUAUACUUGAGAUUUGGGAAUUAUUUGUUGUGAGCCAUCUGAUAAACCUAACAUGUAGCAAGCAAACAAUUCAUCUCAUAAAGCUGGAAACACUCUUACACACACCUAACACUUUAUUAUUUAUAAUGUGUGUGACAAAAAUGAAUUAGCAGUAUAAAGUUGUGAAUUAGCUAAAAUGCAAUAAAAACAAGCCAUUCAGAGGCUAAACAAACAAAUGGAACACAAAAAAGAUCAAUGGAACAUCAUUCAAUUUAGUUCCACACUGAAUCUACAAGACAAAAACAGUUGUCAUGGAUGAUGAUGAUGAUGAAGCCUGUCUCUUUGAUCUUAUCGGAGAUCCACAGGCACUGAAUUACUUUCUACACGGAGGGGGAAGUAAAUCUAACAGUGAAGACUUGAGUAACAUAGGAUAUUCUGCAGCCAACUCAAAUUCCAUUUUUGCCAAUACCAGUAGCUCUGAUCCUAAGUCAUCAAUCAAAGGUAUUGGUGGUCAGCUUGGAGAAGGGUCUAAUGAUGGACUACAGUUGCCAAGUACUCUUCAGUUUCUUGAUGAUGAACUUGAAUCAUCUCCAUUGCCUGAUCUUGGUGAAGAUCAGCCUUUUGAUAUCCUCCAGAAAUCUUUGCAAGAAGCUAAUAUUACUGAGCAGACUUUGGCAGAAGAGGCUUAUUUGGAUGCCAACAUAAGCUCCAAUCAACAGUUUGCACAAACACAACUUCAUCCUUCCUCAUCAGCAUCUUUUACUCAGGCUUCUAAUGUUUCUAAUUACUCAGGUCAAACGUUGCAACCUAUUGGAGUUACUCAAGUAGUACAACCACCAGUUGGAUCAUCUUUUACAAGCAAUACAGUUGGUGUGCAACAUGGCUUUAUGCAACAUGUGGGGAUCAGUGUUCCCAGUCAGCAUUUGUCAAAUAGUCAGAUUGGUAGUUCUGGACAAAUACAACUCAUUGGUUCAUUUAGUAAUCAACCUUCUAUGAUGGCCAUAAAUAAUCUUGAAGGAUCUCAUAUUAUAUUGAAGGGUGGUGGCCAACAAGCACCUGCAAAUAUGAGUGGUGGACUUUUGGUUCAUAGACAAACUCCUAAUGGCAAUUCGUUGUUUGGCAAUUCAAAUUCAAGCUCAGUAGCACAACCUGUAACUGUUCCAUUUAAUAGUACAAAUUUUCAGGCAUCUUUGCCUGUACACAACAUCAUUAUACAGAGGGGUCUUGCUCCAAAUUCUAACAAAAUUCCCAUCAAUAUUCAACCCAAACCAAUUCAGAUGGGACAGCAAGCCACUUACAAUGUAAAUAGUUUAGGAAUACAACAGCAUCACGUACAACAAGGAAUUCCCUUUGCUUCAUCAAAUUCACCUCAGAAUUCAGUAGUUGGUCCACAUAUGUCUGUUAAUAUUGUUAGUCAGCAAAAUUCAAGAAAACCAGUUACUCCCCAAACAGUAAGUAAUGCCAGCGGUAGCAUUGUUAUCCAUUCUCCAAUGGGACAGCCUCAUGCAUCUCAGAAUCAGUUUCUUAUACCAACAAGUCUGUCUGUAAAUCCCAGUCCAGUUCACCAUGUCCAGACUGUAAAUGGACAGCUGCUUCAGAAUCAGUCUUCACAACUUGUUCCCAGCCAAGUAUCCACUGAGCAUGUUAUGUUAAGUAGAAACUCUGCGAAUAUGCUCAGAAGUAACCAAGCAUAUUCAGGACAAAUGCUGAAUAAUCAGAAUGCUGUACAGUUAGUUUCUGGUCAGACAUUUGCUCCUUCUGGAAACCAAGUUAUAGUCAACCAUGGAACUUCUCAAAUUGUUGGUGGUCAGAUUCCACUACAACAAUCCUCUCCUGCUGUAUUACAUUUAUCCCCAAACCAAGGAAACCUUUCCCAAGGCAGAACAGGAUAUUCAGCAGCGUCUCCUGGACAGGCAACUGGUUCAAAUAUAUCUUCAAGUAAUCGUUUUACUGUUGUGAGUUCCUCUGCUACGGUACAUCCAAACAUUGGCUCAUCAGCUCAGUCUGUAGCUUCAAGUGGAAGCUUUGCUGGAGAUCAACUUACACAGCAAAAUAGAACUCAGUUGUCAGUCAGUGUAUCACAUCGACUUCCAGUUUCUUCAAAACCUGUCAGCCCUUUUAGUCAAACGUCAGUAACCCAGUCACCAUUUUCUUUUGGACAGGCUCAAAAAAAAGGAAUCAACCUGGCAUCUUCGGUUGCAUCAUCAAAAUCACAGGACAGCUUGAGACAACCACAGUCAACAAAUCUUUUAGGACAAGAUGCCAAAAUCAUACAACAACCUAUAGGAACAGUGUUACCGCACCCGGAAAAAAUAGCAGGUUCAUCACUUGCUCAAACAAAUGUGCAGGUGGAUGGUCAUAUAGUAGGACAAAAGAGGCCUGCUGCUAAACAGUUAACCAAAGGAGCCUUCAUUCUACAGCAAUUACAGAAAGACCAGGCACAGGCUGUAGCUCCUGACAAAAGUCAGUUCAGAUCUUUAAGGGAUGCAGUCCAGAGACUUCUUUCAUAUCAUGUGUGCCAGGGAUCACUGCCAACUGAAGAGGAUUUAAGGAAAGUGGAUAAUGAAUUUGAAUCUGCAGCAACACAGCUUCUGAAAAGAACACAGUCAAUGCUAAAUAAAUACAGAUGUCUUCUGUUGGAAGAUGCAAUGAGGAUAAAUCCUUCAGCAGAAAUGGUAAUGAUUGACAGGAUGUUUAACCAGGAAGAAAGACAAUCUCUGUCCCGGGAUAAACGUCUUGCAAUAGUUGAUCCUGAUGGUUUUCUGGCAGACUUUUGUUGCUCAUCCACGCAAUUUGACAAGGGUGCUGAUGAAACACAGCUUCACGAAAGUGAUCAUCAAACUAGCAAAUCUUCAACUUCUCCAAACCAGACUGCUAAUGCCCAAAUGAGAGACAAGUCAAGCACGGCAGAGUCUUUAAUGUGCAACAAACUUCAUGUAGUGCCUAAUAAUAUUGUGAGUCCACCACAAGAAAACAUUUCUGUUAAAAAAGCAGAUCUUGCAAAAGCUUUAACAUUUGAGAAAUGCUCUUCUGAAAGCUGCUCUCCCGAAAGCCAACAUAUGGCUUCUCCUGAACAAAAAAUUGCUCUUAAAGGUCUUGACAAGUUGAAUGAAAAUUCUUUAGCUUCUAAAGAUCAUUCAUCUAAAAUCUUAUCAAAUGCAGAUCGUGGUACGCAUAAGACCUGUUGGAAUACAAUUGAUUCUCAUUCAGAAACAGCAUAUAAUCAUUCCCUCCAAGAUAAAACUCCACGGAGUUCUCCAAAGAAUAUCGAUUUGCCACCAGACAACUGGAAAGUUUCUGGAAAAUCCCAAAAGGAUUUGCUGGUCAAUAAGAGUUUAGAAACUACAUUCAAAAAUAUAUUAGAACUGAAAAAGACUGAAAGGCAGCCACAAAGUGGGGGAGCUGCUAGUGGCUCUCUAGAGUUAGAGUAUCCUAACUGUUCACUUAUUGCUCCACAAGGAAACUGCCUGGAGAAAUUUAUUCCAGACCACAGUGAAAGCAUUGUAGAAUCUGACUCUCUUUUAGAAGCUGCUGUAAAUAGUAUCUUAGAAUGUUAAUAGUUACAGUACCGUGGACAAAUCUCCCUUAGAAACAAAUGUGAAAGAUAUUACAAAUACAGCCUGACGGGUGUACUUUCUAAAGUAGGUUCUGUUCUUUGUUUGAGAGCAGUACUCAUUGUGGUUACAGUGAGGUAUCCAGUAAUGUAAAACCUUAAGAGAAAGCUGUUUGGUAAGGCCUAUUCAUUGGCUGUGAUUGAAUGUAAUUCUCAACCAUGUUCUUUACCAUUUCAAGAAUGAUUCUCAAUGAGCCUUUCCCUUCCCUCUCUUCUUCCAACUCAACUGUAAUGGUAAGAUUAGAAGCUUUCGUUUCUAUUUUAGACUAUAGUUUAAUGUGUUGCCUGAGGUUUAACCUAUAAUUAAUAACUAAACCAGAUGCAUCAACUGUGAUUUGCAAUUGUUGGCUUUUCAGUAGCUACAAUUAGGGUUGUAUAAUCCAGAGUUGACAACAUGACAAAACUGGUUAAUAAAAUAUGGAACAGAAAAUCCCCAACAUCUUCAUCAUGAUCGGUGGCUAAGUGUUACACUCUAACCACCGGAUUACAUUGCUUGUUUAAAAAGUUUUAAUGUUGUAGCUUAAUGAAACAUUAAUUGACUAAACCCUACAUAAUAAGGUAGUAUAUUGACAAUCACAGACUGCUAACAGGUGUAUUAAAUACGUUUAAUAAGAAAAAUGCUCUCUAUAUAUCCUGUCAAGAUUUAAAUCUCUGUGGUUAAAAAUUCUACAGUUUACUUCUUUGCAGAAAUAUCUUUGCCAGGUUUACAAGAAAUAGAGAAAAAACUGUAAACUGAAAAAUUGUAAACAGAGUUUACAGAGCUUUAUACUUCAAGUGCUAUUCAGCUGCUCCAUAAGCAGAAACUAAUAUAAUUCAGAGAAUUAUAGAAUUGUAGAAUUUAAGUUGCAAUUUGGUAUGGAACAAUAAAUACUAAGUUUAGAAAAGCUAGUAGAUGGGAAAUAUUAAAAAGCUAUAAAGUAGUCAUGCACAUACCAUACACAUAUAUACACACAAAAAUUUUGAUUGACAUAUUGUUUAUUCAACAAAAACUUUUGUAUUUUAUAAUUGGAUAUAAUCAACUAAAUAUUUCCGAAAUAGUAUAAUGUUUUUCUAAACCAAGUAUGACAAGUAUUUUUACUUAAAAAUUGUGUUGUUAUAGUAAAUGUUUAUAGUUUAAGGAGCACUAGCCUUAAUCUGAACAAAUUAAAGGACAGUGUUAUUUUGGUUGUUAAUUGUUCAGAAUGUUAAUUCAUUUGCAGCAGUGGUCAUAUUACCAAAACACAUAUAAACCAAAGUUAAAUUUCUAUCCAUUAACAAAAUCACAUGUAAAAGCAUACAUUUCAUAAUCUAGAGCCAAAGGAAACUCAUGCAUGGUUUGCGUUUGGCUGGUGGUCAUAUUGUUAAUGUAUUUUCUUUAUUAUUUAAGUAUACAAAUUUCUCCUUUUAUGUUGCCAGGCUUAAAGAACAAACUCUACAAGCUUUCUUUAAUGCUGCUGCAUACAACUAUGCCUGCUCAAAAGGACAGAGAACUGUGAUUAUGACGCUUUGUCUGCAGCUUCUCUUUACAGAAAUAUUUAAAAUUUAUUGAGGACUCUCUGCUCUUGAUCUGAUGGGGAUCUUUCUCUUGCAUUCAGCCACAUGUAGUUUUACUACAUAUAAUGACAAACUGGUUGUCAGUCAGUUUGCCAGAAUGUUUAGAAAGAAGUCACAUUUUGCUUUCUUUAUUCCAAAUAAUGUAAUGCAAAACUGUAUUCUGUUGUAUUAUUCCACAUAGAACACACUACCAUCCUUGUAUUGUGACCACAUUGCCAUGGAUUAAUAAAAUAUAAUUUAAUUCAGCAAAAGAGUAACAACAGUUAAUGUACAAUCCAUAUAUAAUAGGAAUAGAAACAUGGAGUUUAGUUUUAUUGCCUCCUUUUUUUAAAAAAACCCACAGGUUUGUGAUUUUAAAGUCACAGACGUAUGAUUUUGUACACUUCCUGGCAACCAUAAUUUAAAUGGCUAUAAUUGAUGGCUUGGCUUUGUCACAAAUUUAUUUUUUGUGAGGAUGGAUUUAAUUAUUUGUUUCUUUUAAGUUACAUAAAGAGAGUAGGAAGUGCUUUUCCCUCAAGGUUUUGUGAAGGAAACAUAAUUGAACUGUAACCAUAAUGAGGUAAUUUGGAAAGCAGGGUGUAUAUUGUGUCAGUCAUAUAAAUUAGUUUAACUAGUAUCUGAUUGGAAAUGUAAAAAAAUAAUAAUUCACAUUUGUACAAUUUCUUCUUUUGGUUUUACCUGCCAGUGUAAAGUUCCCAUUGUAUGUACAGAAUAUUCUGAACCUAAAUACCAAAAUAAAGUGUAUAUGUUUUGAAUCUUAGGUGAGAGUUUAAUUUUAGAUAACGUCUUAGCCAAGACAUCUGAAAUGCACUUCAUCAAUGUGGAUUAAAUCAUACCUAUAUUUAUCCCAGGAUUUUGUGCUGGGAACCCACUGAACGAAGUUCAGCUGAAUUAACCUGGGAUAGUUAAUGUAUUUUAUUUAUUAAACUGAACUUGGUUUUAGAGUUCUGAAUAUUUUAAAUGGUAAUGCAGUAAAAAUAUUUUUGUUCAUUGUAAAGAAACAAAGUGUGAAUUUGUUACGCAGCCCAUGGUCCUGAAUCCAGUGAAGGCCAUUUAUUUGUGCUUACUGCUUUGUAGAUUUGGUCUCUUAAAUACCUGAUGUCUUUCCACAUUGUCUAAAGUUAAAACAUUUUUAGCUGGCAACUAUAAAAAAUCUGAUUCAACAAGGUCAGCAUAACUGAUCUGUUAGAUUUGGGAGGCCUUACAGACUGACUUUACUGAAAGAGGAUGUGUCACUUUUUGUCAAUGUAAUAUGAACUUCAUUUGCUUAAAAACUUUCAUUUGUAUAGUAUGUCUCACUUGAAAUUGCUUUGUAUACAUUUUGUAAAAAUAUUUAUAAAAUGUUUUGUAAAAAAUAUAACAAAUUGCAGUUUAUUUUGUUAUGUUGGAUAAAUACUGUUAAAAUACACAUAUUGGUAAAAUAUAUUGUUAAUCCAUGAAUAGGAAAUGUUUAGCUGGAUACUACAAAUUGAAACAACCAUUACAAUACAGCCAAAGAUUUGGGAAAAA